GGGAAGUCCGUUACACACUCUGCAAGGAACCUCCUGCCUCUUACACAGACACCGCUUGCAGGACAAGACGCACUCCGGAUCACCUAAUCACCUGCCCUAAAAAAGGAUUUUGUUCUUUUUAUUUUACCAUCACCACCUCCACCUUUGUGUCCACCAUGACCAGGUCCAAAAUCAUCUGCAAUAUUAUGAUUGCCUGCCUGUUCCUGUGGUCGGUCAGCUCCCUCAUCAUCAUCGUGGUGUGGGCCACCUAUCCGGACAUGAAGGGCGCCAGCCAGUGCAGGACUGAUCUGCAGAACCUGACAGAGAAGCACGAGGAGGCCAGCGUGCUGUCCUCCAAGAUCAAGCAGUCCCUGGAGGAGAUGGUGGAGGAGGGCCGCACCAACCAGACCCGGCAGCUCAUGAACAUGGAGCGGUUCCUGAAGCGUCUGGGCAAGACCAACGUGUCCCUGGCUGACUGUCGUCAGGAAAGCGUUAUUUUGGGUGUAAACAUUACUGUCCUGGAAAAAGAGAUUGAGAUGCAUAAAGAAAUCGAGGCAAACCUCACUUCAGAAAUCACGCUACACCAAGAGCACAUCAAAUUCCUUCAGGAUAACUUGACACGGACAUCUCAUAAGUGGGAGUCCUGCGAGGCUUUGUACUCAGCUGCUGAGAGCCAGGCCAAGGACUGCGAGUCCAACAAGCAGUAUUUACAGAAGCAGCUGCAGAUGUGUAAAGUGAACCAUCACAGCGAGCCUGUGAAUGGCGGAGUUGCCGCACCCCAGAGUAGCAUUCUUGCCCUGUCUGUUGUCCUCUUCGUCAGUCUGCAUUUGAUAACAUGAACAUGAUGCUGAGCCUGUGAGGUCAUUGAAGACAAUUACGACAAGUUCUCCAGGACAAUAAGAUGGACCUGGACUUGGUAUUAUAUGGUUGUUAGUGCUGAGUGAUUAACCAUUAUAAAAAAAGUAAAAAGUAAUUAAUAACCUCUCUGGGAUAGGCGGGACGCUUGCGUCCCACUUGGUCAAUAGCCAGGGAAAAUGCAGAGCGCCAAAUUCAAAUAAAAUACUUUAAAAAUCAAACUUUCAUUAAAUUACACAUGUAAGACCCCAAAUUAAAGCUACACUCGUUGUGAAUCCAGCCAACAUGUCAGAUUUCAAAAAGGCUUUUCGGCGAAAGCAUAAGAUGCUAUUAUCUGAUGAUAGCACAAUAGAAAACAAAGAGAGAGUAGCAUAUUUCAACCCUGCAGGCGCGACACAAAACACAGAAAUAAAAUAUAAAUCAUGCUUUACCUUUGACGAGCUAAUUUUGUUGGCACUCCAAUAUAUCCCAUAAACAUCACAAAUGGUCAUUUUGUUCGAUUAAUUCCGUCGAUAUAUAUCCAAAAUGUCAAUUUAUUUGGCACGUUUGAUCCAGAAAAACACAGCUUCCAAUUUGCGCAACGUCACUACAAAAUAUCUCAAAAGUUACCUGUACACUUUGCCAAAACAUUUCAAACUACUUUUGUAAUACAACUUUAGGUAUUUCUAAACGUUAAUAAUCGAUCAAAUUGAAGAUGGAACCACCUGUGUUCAAUACAGGAAGACAACAAACUGACGCUACUUUUCGAGUCAUGCUCCUCUCUAAAAAAGUACACUUCAAAUGACACUCAUUCAAGAUGGCUGUACUUCUUCCUUACACAAAGGAAUAACCUCAAUCAAUUUCGAAAGACUGGUGACAUCCAGUGGAAGCGGUAGGAACUGCAAACAAGUCCCUUAGAAAUCUGAUUUCCCAAUGAAAACUCAUUGAAUAGACAGUGACCUCAACAAAAAAAAACAUCUGAAUGGUUUGUCCUCUGGGUUUUGCCUGCUACAUAAGUUCUGUUAUACUCACAGACAUGAUUCAAACAGUUGUAGAAACUUCAGUGUUUUCUAUCCAAAUCUACUAAUAAUAUGCAUAUCUUAUAUUCUGGGGAUGAGUAGCAGGAAGUUGAAUUUGGGCACGCUAUUUAUCCAAAAGUGAAAAUGCUGCCCCCUAUCCCGAAGAAGUUUUAAACAAAUAAUUGACCAACCUCGGUUCAAUUACUUGAAUUUUAUUUCUGGGAGCCCAUAUCGCUGUUUCUCUAAAGAGAAAUCAAAUGAUUCACAAGAUAAAUCAACUCAAGAAAUUUGUGGGACGCUGGGCUGAAGGGAGUUUCCUAUAAGCAAAUAUUCAACCUAGUUCAUUGUAGAAGCAUGGUAAUUAUCUACAGUGACCAUAAUCUAUUGCGCCUGGAGUAAACACUUUUACUCCUGCUAUGUUAGGUUAGAUAUAUACAGACCGCAUAGACCGCAUGAGAGAGGAAUGUACACAACACAAAGACCUCAGAGAGGGAUAGAGGAAGUUUGUGAAACUACGCCUUAUUUUCUUUGAAGAACUAGUAAAAUGAUAACGUCAGACAACCUUGCAACUAGCCUCGCUAAAUAUAAUGACUAAAGACAGAACAGCAUGGGGAGUACAGAGAUGACGUUGUCUGGCUGUUUGGCUGCUAAUUCCUGAGCAGAGAUGAGAUGAUAACUUUAAGGAAAGAAAAAUAAUAAAGUCAUCAAAUAAUAUAUACAACUGAAAUAUUGUAUUAUUUCAUAGUAAUUUUCAAUUUUUUUAUUGAUGUCUACCCAAUGUGGACCUGACAGAGACAAUGGAACAUUUUCAAUGUUUUGGCAAUUGAAUGUUCACUAUUUUGGGCUUUGGAAUUUCUAUUAAAAAGCACAAAAAUAAUUCUUAUGUCAUUAUUUCAUAAUGCAUUUAAUGUAAAAAAAAAAAACAUAUUGAAACCGAACCGACUUAGAAAAGCACGGAUCAGCACUAACGGAUAUCACUGCUGUAAAAAUGUUGACUGAAACAAAUUUAGGAAACAGUCAAUGAUAGUUUCGUUACUAUUUUAGCAGUUUUUGCUUCCAGUUCUUUAACAUCACAUUAUUAUACAUAGCCUAAUUUUAUUAUUUAAUAGUACCAUUAACUAUGCUAUAAUUUAAUUGAAUACCUAGGUUUUUAAUGUCCAUGUUUUGGGAUAUUUCAACAAGGCACAAUUUCAGUAUGUUUAAAUUCUCUGUUUUUAUUUUUCUGUAAGUAAGUGUUGCUCACUAUCCUUUAUGGCAAAUCUAUGCAAACCUUAUACUUUUAUAAGCCUCACAAUGCAACAUUAGUUGGAAUUUAUAUAAUAAAGUGUGUCCAAUUAUUUUUGGCACUGGCCAUU